UGCCGCAGCGCCCGAGCCAGAGCCCAAGCGCGCGUGUGAGCAAGGCACUAGGUGCGAGCGGUGGCUGGCGACGCACCCAAGGCCCGGGCACUACAGCGCCCCGGCUCAGGGCUUGCGCCCCGCCUGCUGCAAACUAACCUGAGCGCCAGGACACGGCCGGAUUCCUCAACGGCCCGAGCUCACCCCAGCCCGGCCUAGCCGAACCCCUGCUCCCGCCUGUCGCAACAGCAGCCGCAGCCGCCGCUCCAUCCCCAGCCGGGGCCCCGCAUCCAGGCCGCCAGGAUGGACGUGUUCAUGAAGGGCCUGUCCAUGGCCAAGGAGGGCGUCGUGGCCGCUGCGGAGAAAACCAAGCAGGGGGUCACCGAGGCCGCGGAGAAGACCAAGGAGGGUGUCCUCUACGUUGGAAGCAAGACCCGAGAGGGGGUGGUACAAGGAGUGGCCUCAGUGGCUGAGAAAACCAAGGAGCAGGCAUCACAUCUGGGAGGAGCUGUGUUCUCUGGGGCUGGGAACAUUGCGGCAGCCACAGGCCUGGUGAAGAAGGAGGAGUUCCCCACUGAUCUGAAGCCAGAGGAAGUGGCCCAGGAAGCUGCAGAGGAGCCGCUGAUCGAGCCCCUGAUGGAGCCAGGAGAGAGUUAUGAGGAACCGCCCCAGGAGGAGUAUCAGGAGUAUGAGCCAGAGGCGUAAGGGCCCAGGACGGCCCCUCACCAGCAGCACAACCCCUUCCCUGUCCCCUGCUCCUCUCCCCCACCCCCCCCACCCCCAGAGCCAGGGCUGUCCUUCCACCCUUUCCCCUCAAAACAUGAGAUCUUCCUUCGCUCCGAGGCGCCCCCCUCGGAGCCUGUGUUAGUGUCUAUCUGUCUGUCCUACCCGCCCGCGUCCAGGCCUGGGGGGUGGACAGAGCCGGGGCUUCGGCCACGGCUGGGAGCCUCGCCCCACCUAUGUUGCCCCUCCCUGCCCCCUCCCCUUCAGUGUCUGCGCGGAUGUAGCAUGUUCUAUGUGUGUUUAAACUAAGAUCAGAAAGCGACGGCUCCCCUCCACCCCGCGACAGAGGCUCUUUAAGGGGCGCCGGGGCAGCCCCAGAGCCCCCCCACCCCACUCUCACAUCGACCCCAAGAACCUUUUUUUUAAAAAAACAAAACAAAACCAGGAGCCAGUCUGUGCCAUGCCCCCUCCCCCAGCCGGCCCGGUGUGAGCGCUGGCUUCGUGUGUCGUGAUUGUGGCAUGGAGAGUCCCCCACCCUCGUGUGAGCGUGUCCUGGGCGGGCGGGCCCGACCGCCCCCCGCGUGUCCACGAAUAAAGCCAAUCUGUCUG